GUACCUCUGUGGAACCCCAAGGGAUCGCAGACCCCCUGUUGAAGACCUCCCUAUUAAGAUUCACUUCUGAUAUUUUGCGCUUCUUCAUUUGGAAAAGGCAAAGUUUGCUACAGUAGAUCAAAGGAAUCUGAUCAAGUUGACUAUGGAAACAUAGAUAUUGUUACAUAACUUAAAAAAAAAAUAUUAUCCAGAAUUCAAAAUCUGAGAGUUGAAUUUUUUGAGAAAAAGUCUGCCACCAUCUGCCUACACCGGCAUCCCCAAGUUGGCAGGACGUCGCCAUACAUGGUACAUGUUUCAAGUUAAUUUAAUCUAAAUUAGAGGUGGACAUUCCUUUUCUGUGGUGAUCAAAGCAGGUGUCCAACUAACCUGGAUGCACACAGGCUUUCAUCUCUUUGAAGUGGGUGAUGAUUUGACAGCAUCAAACUCAAGACAAAGAAACUUUCUCUUAGAGGGACUACUGCCUGAUCCGUCCUAUCAAGACGUAUCAUCAUUAAGGGCCAUGAGCUGCUGCUGGGGAUACAGCCUUCAAAAUCUUUUGACAUGGAACACCUAAAAUGGAAACACAACUAACUUCAAUACUUCAGUUUAAGCGUUAAUUAUCAAGAAGACAUCCUCCUCUGCCGUUUAAAUUUUUCUUAGCCUGGCCUUCUUGCCCCUAUCUGCACCCCUUCCCAUUUCAAAUUUGAACUACUGCUCUCUUCCUUUCCCCUGUCAGCUCCAAUAUCCCCCCUCUCCAUUCACCUAAGGUGACAUCCAACGCUCUGAAUUCAAACCAUGGCUGCUAGACAACGUUUGUCCUUCCUGUUUCCAUCCCUGCAUCUUUCCCUCCUCCUUCCUGCACUGUUGCUCCUACGCCUGCCUGUUAUGGUGAAAGGGGACUGCUGGCUGAUAGAGGGGGAUAAAGGUUACGUUUGGUUGGCUAUCUGCAGUCAGAACCAACCUCCGUUUGAGACCAUUCCCCCGCACGUCAACAGCACGGUUCAUGACUUGAGGUUGAAUGAGAACAAACUCAAAGCAGUGCUAUUUACCUCCAUGUACCGCUUCACAAACCUUACUGAUCUCAACCUUACGAAGAAUGAGAUAAGCUACAUUGAAGAUGGAGCCUUUACUGGACAAGCUAACCUUCAGGUUCUACAGCUGGGUUACAACAAACUGACCAAUUUGACUGAGGGAAUGUUGAGAGGCCUAGGGCGAUUGCAGUGCCUCUUUUUACAGCACAACCUCAUUGAGGUCAUUGCCAACAAUGCCUUCUGGGAGUGUCCUAACCUUAGCAGCCUGGAUUUAUCUUUAAAUAAGUUGGCCCGUCUUGACCCAUCUACCUUUACUGUCCUCAACAGGCUAAUGGUUUGUGAGCUUGCAGGAAACCCAUUCCAUUGUGGCUGUGAGCUCUACAAUUUUUUGACAUGGCUAGAGGAGUUCAACAAUGUAACCCACACUUAUGACCGCCUCCAAUGUGAAACUCCAACAGAACUGACAGGUUACCCACUCCUGGGUCCAGUCCCUGGGCAUGGAAGAAAUGCCCGGUACAUCCUUUUAUCUGUCUGUCGUGAUGGCGUAAUUAUUCCCGGAAUGACCUCCCAGAUGCCAGAUCCAGAUGGGUCAGGAAUGGAUUUAGACGGUUCCGAUCUGGGUCUAUACCCUCAGCCAACCACAACAUCUACAGCUGAUCCCAACUAUGUUUCUCAGAUUUCCAUUAAACUUGAAUCGGUCUCCCUGUCCACUGCAUCACUGUUUGUGCAGAUUCCAAAGCCAUAUAGUAAGAUGUUCAUCCUUUCCCAAUAUAAUGAUACCUUCCCUACAGACAUAAUGCCCCUUACAAAGAAAAAGGAGAAGAUUCCUAUAGAUAAGCUGAAACCACACACUAAUUACACUUACUGUGUGGCUUCUGCAAGUAAAUUGCAACGCUACAAUCAUACUUGCCUGUCUUUCACUACAAGAGCUAUUGGCCCAGAGGACCUCCGUUCCAAUCCUUCUACAACUACUCACUACAUUAUGACCAUCUUGGGAUGUCUCUUUGGUAUGGUGAUUGUGCUUGGACUUGUCUACUACUGCCUCAGGAGGCGACGCAUCCAAGAAGAAAAGGAAAAGGCUAUAAGCGUGAAAAAAACAAUCCUGGAGAUGAGGUAUGGCUCUGAAGCAGCUGCAGCUGUUGCCAAUGACCCAGGUGCUAUCCAGCGUCUUCAGGAGCAGUCCCACCACCACCAUUCAGGAGGAGCUGGAGGCAAGCCUCCACCAUCAACUUCUUCUAGCACAGGGAUGCUGCAUGGAUCAGCAAACACAAGUUCUUCUCGCCUAACUUUGCCCCAGGGGGAAAAAAUGGCCUCUGCCUUCUCUGAAGCAACAUGCAGCAAGAGUAACUACAUGGAUGUUAGGACAACAGGAAUCGCUGGCGACAGCAGAGAUGGCGUAGUGAUUGCUGGGGGAAUUGGAGGAGAAGUAGUUGUUGAUAUGCGUGGUGUAGCUGAAAAUGGAACAGGGGCUGGGGAAGAUUCGGAUGACGAUGGUCACGGCUCAGCAUCAGAAAUUUCCACUAUCGCUAAAGAGGUGGACAAAGUGAAUCAGAUCAUCAACAAUUGUAUUGAUGCCCUUAAGCUGGAUGCCUCUGCCAAUACUGUGACGACAGCUGAUGAUGGUAACUCUCUGUCUUCCUCCCAGCCUCCUUGCAUGGCCCCCCUUCCCCGCAAUCUUUUGCCUCUCUCUACUGCAUCUACUGGAGAUCAGAUCAUGGCCUCUUCUCCAAAGGUACACCCAAAGUCUCAGCCACACCCUCAUCCUCAGCCACAACCUCAGUCCCAUCCUCAGCCUCACCCACAGCUACAUCAGCAGCCGCAUCCCCCUUCAAUGGCCCCGGUUCCCCUAGUCAUGCCUCUGUCGGAGCGGCCUGGCAUCAGUGGAGGUGGGUUUCUUUCCCCUCCUUACCGUGACCCACCCCCAGCUAAUGCAGUACGGCCCCUUCAGAGGCAGCACAGUGCUGACACUGCUGUAGUAAAGAACCGUUGUGGUGCUCCUGCUGCUGUACCUGUCAAGAAUACAAGAGUGUACAAUGUAGAAGUACCGGAACAGCGAAAUGACCCACCCAAGUAUCCAACAGAGAAGGGGAAUCCUGCUGUUUGUGGUGGGAUGGGUGGAAAUGGGGGACCUGGUGGUGUAGGAGGAUGUGGUGGAAAUGGAAAGGGAAAUAUAAAUGGUGGUGGAGUGAGUUUAAAUGGUGGUGGUAUAGGGUGCAAUAAUGGGAAUGGAAGUGGAUGCGGGGCCUCUGGGCCUGGACAGCAGCAGCAUCACUUGGAGGUUCAGCCAGACUACCACAGCUCAGAGCACCGACACUCCUUUCCUGCACUCUACUAUGAGGAUAGCAAUGACUCACCAUUACCUGCCCAAAAGGCCUCAUUCCUAAAGCCACUGGGGCGCACAAAGAGGGAUGCAACAGCUACCUACUCCCAGCUCUCUCCUUCUCGUCACCAUAGUUACAACUCUGGGUACUCCUCAAGUCCAGAGUACACAUCUGAGAGCACUCUACGCAUCUGGGAGCGUUUUCGACCAUACAAAAAAAACCCACGUGAGGAGGCCUCCUACAUAGCAGCAGGACAUGCCUUACGUAAGAAGGUGCAGUUUGCCAAGGAUGAGGAUCUUCAUGAUAUUUUGGAUUAUUGGAAGGGUGUUUCUGCCCAGCAAAAGAUGUGAGUUGAAAAAAAAACUCUAAUAUUUCUUGAGAGAUUUUAAGUUGAAGAGCAACAGCAGACUAAUGCUGGGGUGGGAUAAAGCCUUCUGCAGCGGGGUCUUGUGACUUGGGUUUUCAUCCAAAAGACCCAGAGUUGACAUAUCUGUAGGUGAUUUUUUUUAAAACAUGUAUUUGGUGACAGUACAUAGACAUUUUUAAUGGUUGCACACGAGGCUGGUGUUUGUCACCACAACACUCAGUAAUCUGGUCACCUGAUGACCUCAUGCUGGGCACUUUGGUCCUUGCAGGCUUUAAAGACAUGUAAGUCCAUUCUAAUCAGCAAAGUUAAAGUGGUGAUACACAUCUUCUACCUCAUUACUGGUACAAUGUAGCUCAACUAUCUUAGUAGAAGCAGCGUCAUUAUUACUUGAGCCCUUUUUUUCCUAAUUCCUUCAAAUAUUGAUUUAAAGGACAGCAAUUCAGCUGCACUACUUCUACGUGGGCUGCUAUGAAAAGAUAAAUUAGAGUGGUAGAAGUUUUUUUUGUAAAAGGUCUUUUUGUAUACACGCCUUUGGGGAGAAACAUUAAAUCAUACUUAUCAUUAUCAUCCUUAUUGUUCUCCCUGGCAAUUAGCCAGUGUAACAGCAGGUCAGGGAUACUGUUUGUUGAGCAAAAUGUUAUUGAUGUUAAACACCCAAUGGCACAUUUUCAGUGGCGUCUGUACAUACGGGCUGUGGGUUUUAAUGUGCAAAAUCCCCUUUUAAUUGCUGAGGGAAGUGGGAGCUGAGUCAUUAUUUAUCUCAUGCUCAGUAUAAGAGCAAAAGAGUUUGAUAAUAGACACGAGGAAUCAACCUGGAAAAGGUUGUGUGAACUUCAGAAAGAUUAGAGUUUUGCUCAUUUUGAAUUUUUAGAUGUUGUGAGCAAAUAGUCUAAAAAAAUGUACAGGCAUUUUGCCUCAUUUCCUUGUUUACAUUUACAUUUCAAUAGGCUGAGUCAUACUAAAAUUACUUUACGGUAAGCUGUGUGAGCAGAAAGUGCAGGUGUAAGCUUGUGUGCUAAAUAGCCAAGUAAUCACAUUUUAGAAAAGAAGCAGAUUGAGAGCAGGUUAAAGGUUUCCUGUGAACAUCCUACUGCUAAAGGGAUGUGAAAAAAGGUCUAACGGUUUUCUUGCUGUGGCUGUAUUAUAUCAAGGCCAGCCUGCACCAAAAUGCUCUCUGCAAUACACAGUAAAUGUUGGUUAAAUAACUGAUUUAAGGGUUACUUUUUCUGAUUUAAGCUGAAUGAAGUUUGAAGAAGAAAAAAAAGUCCACCUGUGUUUGGCAAUUCUGACAAAUUGGUAGCUUGCUUCGGACCAAAGUGCCCUUAGGAGGUAAGGUUUUAAUUAUUUAUUUCAUAACAUUUGAUCAGAUACUGUAUACACACACACACACACCAACAAACCCACACACGUGUUUAAGAAAAAGAGGAGCAAGGAUUGAAUUCCACUUUAAAGUCAGUUUUAACACAAGUGUCUAAAUUUAAGAAAAUUGGAGACCAACUUACCUGGUAUGACUACAAUGACAUAAUCAGUGUCAGUUCCUGACCAAAUUUAUAGUACCAGGACUGUAGCAAGCAAACAGAAAAGUUUGGAGAAAAAAAGAGAAAAAAUCAAGGGACCAAUCCUUUGAGUUUCUGUCCCGGUGCAUGUCAUCAUAAGAAUUUCAUUUAACAUUAUAUUUUCACAUCAGGGGCCAUAACAUAAGCAUCACCACCAUAAAUUAUACAAUUUUAAUCUCACACUACCCUAUGUUGUUUACACCAAAAAUGAUUCACCCAUUCUCUGUUGCCAUGUUAGGAAUUUUAUCACUAUAUUUAGCAACAUUUCAGAACCCUUAAGUUACUUUUUUUUUACCAAAAAUGUGGCAUUUUUUUUCCCGUGCUGUUGGGAGUCUUUGGUGACAACAUGAAAGCACUGAUUGCUCUAAGUUUACUGUGAGUGACUGACUGACUGAGCCCCUCCUUCCUUCAAAACACUGGCAGGGAGGUCAGACUAGUCCAGAGAAACAACUGUUUUCUGUGGUUUAGGAGACUUUGGUGAUGACUUGAAGGCACUAAUUGCUCUGACUUUACUGUCUUCACCAAACAGAACAGUGAUUGUUGCUGAAAGCUCCUCCAAAACAUUCAUAGGUAGUCAGAGUCAGCAGCAAGCCAUACCUGCAGUCUGGGGGAGAAGAGCGACUCCCCUCUGUUUUCCCGUUGAAAAUGAGUCACACAUGCAAGUUUACACUGCUUUUGCCCUUUCUAAAGUGGAAUAUAAAUAUAUAUUGAAAACAUUGUUUUUUGUUCUUUAGAAACCGUUACACUAAUAUAGAUCCCUGCCAGCAUUUG